GGUUCGUGUCGGAGCAGCUCGGCUCACUCUGCAGCUUCACUUCUAUGGAGGCAGCUUCAUCCUGACCUGAGGCUCCACCGCUCACACACAGCCCGAGCUCCAGCUCCCGCCUUUCUUCUCAGCCCUGCUUCCACCUCCGCAUCGUUACCAGCCCCAGCGAUGACAGAAGGGACCAAUAUGCCAGACGGGGAUACCGCCGGUAAAGAUGAGGUGGCUGCCGGUGCACCCGCGGAGGACCGACAGCCGGAGGAGGAAAAGAAGGAGAACGGGGAGACUAAAGUGACAGUCCCGCAGCAGGCGGCGGCGGCUCCCGGUGCGGAGGAGGUCGAGUUUGUGCACCCCGAGGGCGGCUGGGGAUGGGUGGUCAUGCUGGCCGCCAUGUGGUGUAACGGCUCGGUGUUCGGGAUCCAGAACGCCUUCGGCAUCCUCUUCCUCUCUCUCCUGCGGGAGUUCGGCUCCGAGAAAGAUGACGACCUGCGCUUCAAGACAGCAUGGGUGGGCUCACUCUCCAUGGGGAUGAUCUUCUUCUGCUCUCCAAUCGUCAGCGUAUUCACCGACAUCUUUGGCUGCAGGAUAACUGCAGUGGGCGGAGCUGCGGUCGGCCUGGUUGGCCUCCUUGCCAGCUCCUUUGUCACGUCCCUGGGUCCCAUGUACUUCACCUAUGGCAUAGUAUUCGCCUGCGGGUGUUCUUUUGCCUACCAGCCCAGCCUGGUCAUCCUGGGCCACUAUUUCAAGAAGCGGUUGGGCCUGGUAAAUGGCAUCGUUACUGCUGGCAGCAGCAUCUUCACCAUUACUUUACCAUUUAUGCUGUCGGGCCUGCUGGAGAAAGUGGGCCUUCAUAACACCAUGCGGGUCCUCUGCAUCUUUAUGUUUGUGCUGAUUCUGGCUGGCUUCACCUACAAGCCCCUUCUGCCCAUCAGAUCCACUAACACACAGACUGGCAGAAAGUGCCCCCCCAUGAGCCAGAUCUUCAACACCAAUAUCUGGAAGUCUUUGGGAUAUCGCAUUUGGGCCUUCGGUAUCCCUGCCGCCCUCUAUGGCUACUUUGUGCCUUACGUUCACCUGAUGAAGCACGUUGAGGAACGUUUUGGACAAGAUGCCAGUAAAGAGGUUCUGCUCAUGUGCAUUGGCAUCACCUCCUGUGUGGGCCGUCUCAUUUUUGGCAGAGCGGCAGACUACGUUAAUGGAGUAAACAAAGUGUACCUGCAGGUAACUUCCUUCUUCGUCAUUGGCCUCAUGUCCAUGAUGAUCCCCCUGUGCAACAUCUUUGGUGGGCUGAUUGCAGUGUGCCUGCUGAUGGGGUUGUUCGACGGCUGCUUCAUCUGCAUCAUGGCUCCCAUCGCGUUCGAGCUGGUUGGGGAUAAAGAUGUGUCUCAGGCCAUCGGCUUCCUGCUGGGCCUGAUGUCCGUGCCCAUGACCGUGGGCCCUCCCAUUGCAGGUAAUAUAAAGUGCUGCAAUCCUCACAAUCAAAUCAAUCAAAAAGAUAUGGCAGCUCAAGUCAUACAUGAUUUGAAGUCAGUGACUCAAUAA